CUCGGAAGUAGCGGCGGCCGGCAGGGGGCUGCCGGGACCAUGGGGCUCCUGACCAUUUUGAAGAAGAUGAAGCAGAAGGAGCGGGAGCUGCGACUGCUUAUGCUUGGUCUGGACAAUGCCGGCAAAACCACCAUCCUCAAGAAGUUUAACGGGGAAGAUAUUGACACCAUCUCCCCGACUCUGGGCUUCAACAUCAAGACUCUAGAGCACCGUGGAUUCAAGCUGAAUAUCUGGGACGUGGGGGGCCAGAAGUCGCUGCGGUCGUACUGGCGGAACUACUUCGAGAGCACGGACGGCCUCAUCUGGGUGGUGGACAGCGCCGACCGCCAGCGCAUGGAGGACUGUCAGCGGGAGCUGCAGAGCCUGUUGGUGGAGGAGCGCCUGGCUGGAGCAACUCUCCUCAUCUUUGCCAACAAGCAAGACCUGCCGGGAGCACUUUCCUCUGGAGCCAUUCAGGAGGUCCUAGAGCUGGACUCCAUCCGCAGCCACCACUGGUGCAUCCAGGGCUGCAGCGCCUACACCGGCGAGAACCUGCUGGCCGGCAUCGACUGGCUCCUCUCCGACAUCUCCAGUCGCAUCUUCACUGCUGACUGAGCCGCCAAGCAGAGCCCAGCAGAGCCCCCUCUUCCUCUCCUCUGCCAGCACCAUCCCUGGGCCAUGGGGGCCUGCCUGGCCAACUAACACUCCAAGCCCACAUCGGAACCUGCUGCUGCUACUGCCCUCUGCUCCCCAGCUGUCCCCCAGACACCUGACCUGGCCCAUCGGCAGCUGCUGCAGCAGGGGGAGAAGGCUGGGGGAGGGGAGGUUGGUCUCUGCUGCCCCAAGCUGGGGGUCUGACCCUAUGCUCCGCUGUGAGAAUAAAACUUUCCUUACCCCAGUGA